GUGUUUUUCAUCGCCUGCCAGUCGCGUCGCAGUUUCGUGUCAGAGUCAGUCGCAUUUUCAAGACGUCAAACGACGAGUCGAAAGGUCGCCUUCAAGUGAAAUUUUUUUUUCUGUUCGUGAUCAAAUUUGGGUAAAUUUAUUCAGUUUUAUUCGUGUCGCCGGUGAUUAACGACUUCCAAGGAGUCGAGUGCGAAUUGAGACGGUGGAAUUUGGUGUGAUUCUGAGUGCGUUUCUGGGGUACCAGAUGGUGUCGAAAUUCUCGUGAUUGUUCCUCCUCUUCCUCCUUCUGUUUGUGUGUGGGAUAAGCUGCACGUAAAAUAUUCUCAGAUCCGAGAGUGAAUACAUGUUUUCUUGUGCGGUGUAAAGCAGACUUUAUUUCCCGUUCCCCCGAAUCGCCACCCGUGUCAGUGAACCACAUUGGGAACGGAAUAAGACAAGCAGCAGAGUGACACUUCGAAGUAAAACAGAAAAGUGCAUCCAAACUAGGCAAUCGAAUCCGCCUUCCGUGAUGGCCGACGAAAAAGUGAUCCCGGAAACGGCAGGAACCGCCGAGGAGCAGCAGAUCGGACUGCUGACCAGCGUCAUCCACGAGAUCAUCUAUAGCCCGCUGAACCUGAUCCUGGUCGGGGUCAUCACCAUUCUGGUGUACAAGAUCUUCCGCAGCCAGAAGCAACCGUCGGCCGGGCCACCACCGGAACCGGAACUGCCCCGCCUUCGGAGGGACUUCACCGUGGCCGAGCUGCUGCAGUACGACGGGAAGCAACCGGACGGGCGGGUACUUGUUGCCGUCAAUGGCAGCGUGUAUGAUGUAACCAAGGGAAAGCGCUUCUACGGACCCGGUGGCCCUUAUGCUGCAUUCGGUGGUCGCGAUGCGUCUCGUGGAUUGGCCACCUUCAGCGUAACCAGCAACGACAAUGCCGAGUACGAUGACCUUAGCGAUUUGACCCCCAUGGAGAUGGAAUCCGUCCGGGAAUGGGAGGCUCAGUUCAAGGAAAAGUACAUCCUCGUCGGUCGCCUGCUGAAGCCAGGCGAGAAACCGACCAACUACUCCGACGAGGACGAGGACACCCCGAACGAAUCGACUCCCACUGGGGACAACGCCACCACCACCACCAGCACCAGCACAAGCACAGCUACCAAGGAGGAAACGCCAGCAGCAGCUCCGUCUUCCCCGAAGAAGACGGUAGAUAGCAGCAGUAGUGGCGAUGCCAAGCUAAUAGAUUUUACGACGGAGACGUCGCCAGCGACAACCGGCGAGGUCCCCUCUAAGGCGGAGGACUUGAAAACCGGUGGCGACGAGUGACGCCCCUACCCAAGCGGUAGCGGCCAAGAAAUCGACGAAAGCAGCCACAGCAUCACUAGAGGUAACAGCAACAGGAACAAUUGUAGAUUAGACCAGAGUGGGGAUGGCAACGGCGGGGACGAUGAAGAUGGGGGAAGACCGAGCAGCAGACCGUUCGAUCAGCACAGCAUUUGCGAUAUGUUCGGAUUUUAACGAAACUUCCUGACGCGUCCCCUGGCCGCGAUGGAGCUUGUAGCUGUGGAGGGUGUUCUUUUUUUUUUGUACAUUGACGAGGUUUGGCUCCGAUCUCGCAUGUAAUAUGAUUCUUAUAUGGCAUAUUAGAGACAAUUGUGCUAAUUAGCUGUUUUAUAUUCGAUGUACGUGUAUUUGUAUUUGUGGAGAUGUUUGUUCGAACUCUCAAUCCAAUAUUACAAUAGUGCCCCUCCAAACGAACGUGUGAACGUGAUUUUUGUACUGCUGUAACGAAGCUGGAUUUUCUUGCCAUUAUUCCAUAUACGAUCGUUCGAUUUCCAACGAGGUUUCAGCAAACUUUUUUCCCUGAAACAACAGAUGCAUUACCGUCCACGAUUUGCGUUACAGUUCCACACAUUUUAGCUUCUUUUAUAUUGUAGAUUUUAGCAUGUUUCAUUCCAAAUCGUUAUUCCAAAUAUAAAUCAAACCUUUAACGUACUUAGCACACUUUGGCAAAUGCCUCAAAAAAGAACUAAAUCUUACCCCUCUUCAUGCGGAUACGCUCGCUCUGCUUCGGGUGUUGCGCCAUUUUUCAUCGAUUCUCCUGUCGCACACAUCUUUCUCCAAAACCAAAACAGAAAACAGUAGAAACCAUGUGUUUAAAAAGCUCUACACAUUAAGACACGCCUACCUACGAUGUUGAAAAAUAUUGAAUUAUGAUAAAAAAAAAAAACGAAACAAUUACGGUGUCUUGGUAUCGAUAUGUAAAAGCGCUAGAACGUAAAUGGUCAUAGCAAAAAGCAUCCAAACGCUAAAGCUACUACGUUGUUUAUAAGUGGGAUUUUAGAUAUUAAUGCAUAGUCGUUUCCCGAAGUGCGAAACAACAAAACAACUAAAGAUAACACAUACAGAAUGAGAAAGAUGACUUCUAUUUACAACAUACAUUACCUUAAAGACACAAACAAACAAGAACUUAAUGACGAAGGAAAUACCUUUAUAUCCGCCGGCACCGUAGAUUCCAUUGAAAUCGUGACUUUGCCUGCGCAGGUCUGUGGAAUCUAUGGGGGUGCCGAUACUUUAUACCCCAUAGUUAAACGUACCAGAAUAGUCGGUAACAGUCUUAAGAAACAGUCAAUAAAAUGGCGCGUGUUUUGUUUCCAUUUUCGGUUCCGAAAUUCCUUUCCCCAUUUCGACGCGAGGUUCGCAUGCAAUUCCUGAUAAAUUAACAGAAGAUUUACCAAAUAAAACAAAGAAACAAACGUUAAGACUCGUAUAUUCGUUGCUUGGUUGGAUAGCGAAUAGCCUUUAAGUUUUCGUCUUAGAUUUUGUAAUUUAACAGUUUUUUUUAUAUCUAAAAGAAAAAUCGUUAGCAGCAAAUGAAUAUUUUUUUAUGGAAACCAUUGUAGCUUUUGGGGGCAGCGCUUCAAACACGCAGGAAAGGGAUUAAGACGUAAAAAGUGAAUGAAAUGGUAACUAUGCGGUUACAACAUAUUCUUUUUGCUGAAGCGUAACAAAAUCAAAAUCGUCAGGAAUCAGAAUUGAGAAUAUGUUGUGGGAUUAUAGAGUAAGAAUGAUGCACGGAAAUAAAUUCGUAUGCAACUAUAUUAUUGCGUAAGUUUAGACAAAAUCAAA